CGGCGCCGCGCGCCCUGUCCUCGUCGUCCCCGCCGCCCCGGUCGCCGCGCUUCGCCCGUUCCGGGCCGCGCCCAGGAGCUGCUGCCGCACCGCUGCGGAGACGCAGCCGCCAGCUUCAUCGCAGAGCGCGGCUCAGCCCGGCGUCCGCGCAGCCUCCGCCAGCCUCCGCCAGCCUCGUCUCUGCCAAACCCUCCCGGCCUCAUCCCCCGGAUCCUGAUCCCCUCAAGCCUCAUCCUCUCCCAUUUUGAUCUCCCAAAGCAGGAUCCUCGCAAGCCUGAUUCCUUACAAGCCUUAUUCCCCAAACCUGAUUCCCCUUCCAGCUUGAGCUCCAAAACUUGAUUCCCCAACUUGUCCCGUCAGGGCCUGAUAGUCUAGGUUGACCUCUUCUCAAACCUGACACCCCACAGCUUGACGGCCCCUGCAUGAACCUCUCCAGAUGACCCUACCAGCUUGACUCCUCCAAGACUAGCCAACCCUCAGCUGGAUUUUCCAGAAGCCUGAUCCCUCUGCCCUUAUCCUCUGCCUCAGUUUCCACAUUGUCCCAUGCCGAGCUUGAUACCCUCUCAGACUCAAGUCAUCUCCUCUGUCUCACCCCUUUCUUUCCCUGAUUAGCUUGAGCGCCCAGUCUCAGCUUCUGGCUUCAAUCCCUGCAUCUUCAGCCCCACCCUCAGGGUCUAGGCCUGAGGCCCGCCCAUACCCCUCCCCUUCCAUCCCAGCGGCCCUCUUGCUGCCUCCCACCCAGGCUCCCUUGGGAGACCCCUGGGCAAUCACCAACCUGCUUUCGAGGAACUGGGACUGGUUCCCAGAAGGUGUGGACCACAGUCGCCAGUUCCCAGCUGGGUCCCCGGGAGACCGGGCACUGAGGGACGCAUCUCUUCCAAGUGCAACCCAGGGCAUGCUGGCAGCCCCGAGGGGCUGGGAGGCUCAGUUAGAGUCUAACCAGGUAGAUAGGGUUAGGCCGCACAGGCGGAGACUCCCGCCCGCAUGGAAAGUCCGUGCCCCCCGCCUGCAGCUGCCAUGGAAGCUCCUCGGACCCUUUAGAAGCUUCUCGCUGCCGGCACAGGAGCCGCAGAUGAUGUCCAGCGGGGCCUCCCCAGCUGAGCAGGUGGCAGCAGGCAACAUGGAUGACCCGGCGGCGGCGCGCUUCUGUGUGCAGAAGCACUCGUGGGACGGGCUGCGCAGCAUCAUCCACGGUAGCCGCAAGUCCUCGGGGCUCAUUAUCAGCAAGGCCCCCCACGACUUCCAGUUCGUGCAGAAGCCUGAUGAGUCUGGUCCCCACUCUCACAGACUCUAUUACCUGGGAAUGCCGUAUGGCAGCCGUGAGAACUCCCUCCUUUACUCUGAGAUCCCCAAGAAGGUACGCAAGGAGGCCCUGCUGCUGCUGUCCUGGAAGCAGAUGCUGGACCACUUCCAGGCCACACCCCAUCAUGGUGUCUACUCUCGAGAGGAGGAGCUCCUGCGGGAGCGCAAGCGCCUGGGCGUCUUCGGAAUCACCUCUUACGACUUCCACAGCGAGAGCGGCCUCUUCCUGUUCCAGGCCAGCAACAGCCUGUUCCACUGCAGGGACGGCGGCAAGAAUGGCUUCAUGGUGUCCCCCAUGAAACCCCUGGAGAUCAAGACCCAGUGUUCAGGGCCACGCAUGGACCCCAAGAUCUGCCCGGCAGACCCUGCCUUCUUCUCCUUCAUCAACAACAAUGACCUGUGGGUGGCAAACAUCGAGACUGGGGAGGAGCGGCGGCUCACCUUCUGUCACCAGGGUUCAGCCAGUGUCUUGGACGAUCCUAAGUCUGCAGGUGUGGCCACCUUCGUCAUCCAGGAGGAGUUUGACCGCUUCACCGGGUGCUGGUGGUGCCCCACGGCGUCUUGGGAAGGCUCCGAAGGCCUCAAGACGCUGCGCAUCCUGUACGAAGAAGUGGACGAGUCUGAGGUAGAGGUCAUUCAUGUGCCCUCCCCUGCGCUGGAGGAGAGGAAGACAGACUCCUACCGCUACCCCAGGACAGGCAGCAAGAAUCCUAAGAUCGCCCUGAAGCUGGCUGAGCUCCAGACGGACAGGCAGGGCAAGAUCGUGUCAAGCUGCGAGAAGGAACUGGUGCAGCCAUUCAGCUCCCUUUUCCCCAAGGUGGAGUACAUCGCCCGGGCUGGCUGGACACGGGAUGGCAGAUACGCCUGGGCCAUGUUCCUGGACCGCCCGCAGCAGCGGCUCCAGCUCGUCCUCCUGCCCCCUGCCCUCUUCAUCCCGGCGCCCGAGAGUGAGGCGCAGCGGCAGGCGGCUGCCAGAGCCGUCCCCAAGAACACGCAGCCCUUCGUCAUUUACGAGGAAGUCACGAACGUCUGGAUCAACGUCCAUGACAUCUUCCACCCAUUCCCUCAGGCAGAGGGCCAGCAGGAUUUCUGCUUCAUCCGUGCCAACGAGUGCAAGACUGGCUUCUGCCACCUGUACAAGGUCACUGUGGAGCUUAAAACCAGUGACUACGACUGGACGGAGCCCCUCAGCCCCUCGGAAGAUGAGUUUAAGUGCCCCAUCAAGGAGGAGAUUGCCCUGACCAGUGGCGAGUGGGAGGUCUUGUCAAGGCAUGGCUCCAAGAUCUGGGUCAACGAGCAGACGAAGCUGGUGUACUUUCAAGGUACGAAGGACACGCCCCUGGAGCACCAUCUCUACGUGGUCAGCUACGAGUCUGCAGGCGAGAUCGUGCGGCUCACCACGCCAGGCUUCUCCCACAGCUGCUCCAUGAGUCAGAACUUCGACAUGUUCGUGAGCCACUACAGCAGCGUGAGCACCCCGCCGUGUGUGCACGUGUACAAGCUGAGCGGUCCCGACGAUGACCCCCUGCACAAGCAGCCGCGCUUCUGGGCCAGCAUGAUGGAAGCCGCCAGUUGCCCUCCGGACUACGUGCCCCCCGAAAUCUUCCACUUCCACACCCGCGCCGACGUGCAGCUGUACGGCAUGAUCUACAAGCCGCACACCCUGCAGCCGGGGAAGAAGCACCCCACUGUGCUCUUCGUCUACGGGGGCCCACAGGUUCAGCUGGUGAACAACUCCUUCAAGGGCAUCAAGUACCUACGGCUCAACACACUGGCAUCCCUGGGCUACGCGGUGGUCGUGAUUGACGGCCGGGGCUCCUGCCAGCGGGGCCUGCGCUUCGAGGGUGCUCUCAAAAACCAGAUGGGCCAGGUGGAGAUCGAGGACCAGGUCGAAGGCUUGCAGUACGUGGCCGAGAAAUACGGUUUCAUCGACCUGAGCCGCGUCGCCAUCCACGGCUGGUCCUAUGGCGGCUUCCUCUCGCUCAUGGGGCUCAUCCACAAGCCACAAGUGUUUAAGGUAGCCAUUGCUGGUGCUCCUGUCACUGUAUGGAUGGCCUAUGACACAGGGUACACGGAACGGUACAUGGAUGUCCCCGAAAACAAUCAGCAAGGCUACGAGGCAGGCUCUGUGGCCCUGCACGUGGAGAAGCUGCCCAAUGAGCCUAACCGCCUCCUCAUCCUCCAUGGCUUCCUGGAUGAGAACGUUCACUUUUUCCACACAAACUUCCUGGUGUCCCAGCUGAUCCGGGCAGGGAAGCCAUACCAGCUGCAGAUCUACCCCAACGAAAGACACAGCAUUCGCUGCCCUGAGUCUGGAGAGCACUACGAGGUGACGUUGCUGCACUUCCUGCAGGAGUACCUGUGACCUCUGACCUCCGUCCUGACGCCACCGCUGCUUUUCUUGCGUUUUUGUAAUCUUUUAAUUUUUGAAGCUUUCAAUUUGUUUGCUUGCUGCUGCUUGGAGGCCAGGACAGAGGCGGUAGUGGGCCCCGUGCUGCCCUCCUUGGCCUGGUGAGGAGGAAGCUGCCAUCUUGCCCAUGGCCACUCCGGGCUGCCACGGCCCUGAACUCACAGCACCAUCCCAGUGCAGAAGCAUGUCCCGCCCCCUGCAGAGUCGUGUGUGUUUGGGGAGCAUUUUAACUAAUUAUUUAAAAGACAGGAUGUAAGCGGUACGGAGAUAAGAAACUGGAGGCAGGGCACUGGGCGGCUAGGGACCCCACACCCUCUGGACACCCAGCCUGGAGCUGCCAAGCCUGUAUCUGGGUGCCUUCUGCCCUGCCUGUCCCCUGCCCAGCUCCUCCUCAUUCACCACCUGGGGAGUCCACGGUCAGGAGCAGGACCCGUCCUGACCUCAGUAACCCUUCCCUGUCCCCUCCCACCAGAGUUCAGGCAUAAAGAAGUCGAAAAGAAAAGAGAAAAAAAAAAAAAAAGAAGAAGAAAAAAAACAAAAACAACAAAAAAAAAAACAAACCAGAAACCACCUCUACAUAUUAUGGAAAGAAAAUAUUUUUGUCAAUUCUUAUUCUUUUAUAAUUAUGUGGUAUGUAGACUCAUUAAACGAUUCCAGAUGGAAA